AUGGACCGAGCCCUCACGCCGGAGCAGUCUGGGCAAAGCCCUUGUUUGCUCCAGCAUGAGCCAUGUUACAUACAGGACAUGUCGACGAACGGCACCCGCCUGAAUGGCAAGCGCCUGCCGAGACCACCAUAUAAGCAUCCGAUGGAUGCCCGGGUACGAAUCUUCCACGGCGACGAGCUGGUCCUGUCUCUCACACCGGAGGGAGAGGAGCUUGGCUAUGUUGGGAGCUCAGACGUGGCAUUCGUGGCGGAAGUCAUGCAAAUCAGGUGCCAACCGCUCCCAUACCUCACACAGCGGCGUCGGGAAGUCGGCUUGCCCUGGGUGGCAGCGCCGGACGGGGUCGAUGUCCUGCUCUUCGUCAUGAAGAAAGAGCGAGUCUCCUCUGCCGAGCAGGAGACCCUGGCAUAUGUGACGCAGUUGCUCUUUGGCCCAGAGUGCUUGCCAAACCUCUACAUGGUCAUCACGCGGGCUGGGCGCCUCGCGCGGGACGCCGAAAGCCGCGAGCACUGGCUGCAGGAACAGGUGGCGUCUUCGCCCCAGUUUGCUGCUAUGGUCGCGCUGCUUGGGCCAGCUCCUCUUUCACGCUUGCUCUUCGUGGAGAAUGCAGAUAUGGCAGAGGCAGAGAGCCCGGAGGAGAUUCAUCUUGCCGAGAGCCGGCGCUCCAAAGCCCUCCAGGAUCUGCACUCCUUGCUCCAGAGACACCAUGCCACUCCGUUCAGGCAUGGAAUCAUGCAUCGAGCUGGACAGCUGCAGGCAGCCCAUCUGGCCGAGCUGCGUCGCGAGCUUGAGAGCAAGCUUGAGGCAGAGAUGCGCGCAGAGCUCACCAAGGACCGGGGAGCCUUGGAAGCAGAGCGACUGCGUUUCCAGCAAGAGGUGGAGGGGCAGCGCAGGGAGCUGCGUGAACAGGAGGAGGAGCUUCGGCGCCGGCUGGAAGCUGAGUGGUCCAGGAUGCGCUGGGAGUUCGAACGACAGGCCAAAGAAAGAGCUCGUCAGGACUUGGAGAAUGUGGCCAAAGAGAUUGUCGAGCAAACUGAAACGGAGGUAGUGCAACAGACAGGAGCCAAGCGAGGAAGACGAUGCAAUGUCAUGUGA